AUGUGUAAAAGACCUGCAAAAAAUACUAAUGUCACUGAGAAAUGGAUUGCUCAGAAGCUUGAAUCCAGGUUGAGGACAGAGCCUGAUAUGAAGGUUAAGUCUAUGGUGGACAUCAUUAGAGAGUUGUAUGGCAUAAAAGUAGGUCGGAUGCACUGUUACAGGGCAAGGUUGAUUGUGAAGGGAGAGAAUGAGGUAUUGCAUAAGCAACAAUAUGCAAAAUUACCCCUGUAUGCAAAACUUUUGACAAAUAGGAACCCUGGUACAGUGUGUAUAAUCAACCGCCAUGAAAGACAUGACUUUGUUGAGGCUUCAAAAUUUAAAAGAAUAUUUAUCUAUCUUGAUGCAUGCAAGAAAGGCUUUAUUAAUGGAUGUAGACUUUUUAUAGGUUUAGAUGGUUGUCAUUUGAAGGGCAGAUAUGGAGGAAUACUAUUAUCUGCAAUUUCAGUGGAUGGAAACAAUGGGUUGUUUCCCAUUGCAUAUAGUGUGGUUGAAGUUGAGAACAAAGAUAGUUGGAGGUGGUUCUUGUACAACCUAGAAGAAGCACUUGGCUCGGACAACCUACUAGUUGGCCUGACAUUUAUGUCAGAUAAGCAAAAGGGCCUUCAAGAUGAACUAGCUGAAGUUUUUCCCCAUGCCAACCAUAGGAAUUGCUGUAGACAUAUCUAUAGUAAUUUCAAGGAAAAAUUUCCUGAUGUAUGGUUGAAGAUACAAUUUUGGGUUGCAGCCAAAGCACCAAAUGAGUUUCUCUUUCAGAAGGCAAUGCAGAAAAUAUUGCUGUGUGAUAAGGAAGCACAUGAUUGGCUGAUGAGGAGCCACCCUUCCACUUGGAGCAGGCAUGCAUUUGAUUUCUCUUGUAAAAGUGAUCACAUAACUAAUAAAAUGAUAGAGUCCUUUAACAAUUGGAUAGGAGAUGUGAGGAGUAAGCCAAUUCUAUCAUUAAUUGAUGAGAUUAGAGUCAAAUUGAUGAGAAGGUUUUACAAGAGGUAUUCACAUGCAAUGAAACAAGAGGGGAUUGUGACACCUUCUGUGCAGAAGAUAAUCCGUUCAAUUAAUGAACAAGCAAGAGAUUGUAAUCCUAUGCAAGCAUCCGACUAUGAAUUUGAAGUCCUAGAAGGGAGGACACAAUUUGUUGUGCAUUUACAAAACAGAACUUGUUCUUGUAGAGUCUGGGAAGCUACAGGAAUCCCUUGUAAGCAUGUAGCAGUAUGUGUCAUGUAUAAUAGGGAAGACAUUCACAUCUAUUGUGAUCCCUGUUAUUCUGUUGAGAGAUACAAAUUGGCAUACAGGGAAGUUAUUCACCCACUCACUAGUCUAGAUGAACUGGCAGUUGUCCCUGGUGAUGAUAUGGUGCUACCUCCACCUUUGAAAAGACAACCAGGAAGACCAAAGAAAAAUAGGAGGGAACCAGGUGAACCAGACCCUUCAGAUUUUAGAAGGAGAAGUAAUGCUGUUAGGUGCGAUGUAUGCAAACAAAUUGGGCACAAUAGUAGGACAUGUCAAGGUGGAGCAGUGAAGAGAAAGAGAAAUGAUGAUGCAAGUGGCUCCCAAAGCCAACUUACCACACAGGAACUAAAAAGAGCACGUAGAGCUACCAAGCAAGCAAGGAGAAUGGAAAGGAGAGCAACUGGUAGUGGACCAACAACUGGCAGUGGUCCAUCAACUGGCAGUGGUCCAACAACUGCUAGUGUACCAGCACCAAGGGGGAGAGGUGCAUCAGUAGCAAGGAGUAGAGGAGUAGUAACAAGGAGCAGAGGAGCAGCAACUGGCAGAGGUGCUGAAGUAGCAACGACCAGAGGAGCAGCAAGUGGUAGAGGAGUUGGUGUUGUUGGUGGCAGAGGUGGAUUAGUAGUAGCAGCACGGGGUGGGAGAGGUGCAUCGGUACUAGCAACAAGGGGGAGAGGCAAUCCUCCAGUACCAGCAACAAGGAGGGGGAGAGGAGCAGCAUGA